UGGUGAUCUAUGUAGAUUAAUAUAGUUUGUGAUUUUUCUGUAUAGCGAAUUCGAUUUGUUAAAAUAAUGAUGUUAUGUCAGUUGUAUUAUUGUUAAAGUUUUCUGGGAAUUGUACAUCAUUAGAGAGACAAAACAAUUGCAAAUAUGCCUACAUAUGAAAUGCCAUUGUUGAUACGUGUCAUGAAGAAGCCAGAAUUGGUAGCAACCUUAAAGAGAACAGCUGAAACGAUAUUUAAUACCGGUGGUUUUAUCAGAAAAAUUGAAAAUUGUGGGGUGAAAGCACUUCCAUGCAAAACUAGUGCACAUGGACACGUUCAUCGUGAAGCAAAUCAUUUCUUUAUAUAUUUUGAUGUACCACCCAAAGAAGUAGAGAGCAUCUUAGAUAAAUGUAAUAGAGAUAUCGAUAUCGUCAGAUUAAAAAUAUUCAAACAAAAUACACCAUUUAAAGUGGAAUGUACAUUCCAUGAAGAGAUGUUACCACCACCUUACAGGCCUAGCGUCCAGAAAUUGAUGGAACAAGCAAACAAGCAGCGCAAUAGCAAACGCGAAUUUAAAUACAACAGUGGAUUGGAUUAUUAUCCUUUUAAUAAAUAACUGAAUGUAUGUA